UGUGGCCUCAGUUGGGGCUGAGAAGAGGAUGCUGUUAGGAGGAAAAAUCAGCGCUGGGACGAGCUUGGUUUAUUUGGAUGUGGAAAGAUGGCUACCAGAAGGGACGAAAGGAAGCAGUGACCACUUUCGGAGUAAAGCAUCGUUUGUGACAUAUGGAUAUGCAAGGAGUGUUACACGUAACUGAGAUAUUGGGGGGUUAUCAACGACUUUCUAGCCUUUUGCUGCUUACUGGGCUGCCUUUGCCCUGACAAAGCCGCUCAAGAUGAACAUGGUGAAGAGGAUCAUGGGGCGGCCGAGGCAGGAAGAGUGCAGCCCCCAGGACAAUGCUCUGGGCCUGAUGCACCUGCGACGCCUCUUCUCCGAACUGUGCCACCCUCCUCGCCACAUGACCCAGAAGGAGCAGGAGGAGAAGCUCUACAUGAUGCUUCCCGUAUUUAACAGGGUGUUUGGCAACGCUCCACCCAGCAGCAUGACGGAGAAGUUCUCCGACCUGCUGCAGUUCACCACCCAGGUCUCACGGCUCAUGGUGACCGAGAUCAGGCGAAGAGCCUCUAAUAAAUCCACAGAGGCAGCCAGUCGUGCCAUAGUCCAGUUCCUGGAGGUGAACCAGAGUGAGGAGGCGAGUCGUGGCUGGAUGCUCCUGACCACCAUCAACCUGCUGGCCUCCUCCGGACAGAAAACGGUGGACUGCAUGACGACCAUGUCGGUACCCUCCACGCUGGUAAAAUGUCUGUACCUGUUCUUCGACCUGCCUCACAUGACCCCAGGCCAGGGCCACACCCAGCAGGAGCUGCCCCUGUCUGACCGCAGAGCGCUGCUCCAGAAAGUCUUCGUCCAGAUCCUGGUGAAGCUCUGCACCUUUGUGUCUCCGGCUGAAGAGCUGGCCCAAAAGGACGACCUCCAGCUGCUGUUCAGUGCCAUCACCUCCUGGUGUCCCCCCCACAACCUGCCCUGGAGGAGGAGCGCGGGGGAGGUGCUGACCACCAUCUCCCGACACGGCCUGAGCGUCAACGUGGUCAAAUACAUACACGAGAAGGAAUGCCUGGGUACAUGUGUUCAGAACAUGCAGCAGUCGGAUGAUCUGUCACCGUCGGAGAUUGUGGAGAUGUUCGCCGGCCUCUCCUGCUUCCUCAAGGACUCCAGCGACGUGUCCCAGACCCUGCUGGACGAUUUCCGAAUGUGCCAGGGUUACGCCUUCCUCUGCGAACUCAUGCUCAGACUGGAACAGGCCAAGGAGGACGAAUCGAAAGAUGCACUAAAGGACCUUGUUAACCUGGUCACCUGUCUGACAACUUAUGGGGUGACGGAGCUGAAACCUGCCGGCCUGACAACCGGAGCUCCCUUCCUGCUGCCUGGCUUUGUUCUCCCGCAGCCUUCUGGGAAAGGCCACACAGUGCGUAAUAUCCAGGCCUUUUCGGUGCUUCAGAACGCCUUCCUGAAGGCUAAAACAAACCGUCUGGCAUCCAUGCUACUGGACGCCAUCGGAAACAUCUACUCCUCCGAGCCGGCCAACUACUUCAUCCUGGAGUCGCAGCACACCCUGUCGCAGUUUGCAGAGCGUGUGGCCAAGCUCCCCGAGGCCCAGACCAAGUAUUUUGAGCUCCUUGAGUUUGUCGUCUUCAGCCUCAACUACGUGCCGUGCAAAGAGCUAUUCAGUGUCAGCGUGCUGCUCAAGUCGAGCUCGUCUCACGCCUGCACAAUCACUGCUGUCCGGACGCUGCUGAAGCUGUCCAGGCACGACCCGGUGUUCAGCGACGUUCUGCGGGAGGUCGGCCUGCUCGAGGUGCUGGUCAACCUGCUGCACAAGUACGCUGCCUUGCUCAAAGACCCGGCCACGCAGCAGCAACCACACAAUAAUGACCAAGCUGACUGUAAAAACAACCCAGUAGCAGAGGAGCAGAAGCAGUCGGCCUGGCUGGUGAUGGAGACACUGACUGUGCUCCUGCAGGGCUCUAACACCACCAACACUAAUGCAGCUCUGUUCAGGGAGUUUGGCGGCGCUCGUUGCGUUCACAACAUCGUGAAGUACCGGCAGUGUCGGGAACAUGCCCUGCUCAUCAUCCAGCAGCUCGUCCUGUCGCCCAGUGGAGAUGACGAUAUGGGAACGCUGCUGGGCCUCAUGCACUCGGCACCGCCCAGUGAACUACAGCUGAAGACUGACAUACUGCGGGCUUUGUUAGCGGUUUUGCGUGAGAGCCACCGCACCCGGACGGUGUUCCGCAAGGUGGGCGGCUUCGUCUACGUCACCUCUCUGCUGGUGGCCAUGGAGCGCUCACUGUGCCAGCCGCCGCGACACGGCUGGGAGCGCGUCAACCAGAACCAAGUCUUUGAGCUGCUGCACACCGUCAUCUGCACUCUCACCGCCGCCAUGCGCUACGAGCCCGCCAACUCACACUUCUUUCGCACGGAGAUCCAGUAUGAGAAGCUGGCUGAUGCUAUAAGGCUGCUGGGCUGUUUCUCCGACACUAAGAAGCUGGGUCCCACUAGCGUUUUCCCCUCCAAUGCUCAGCCUUUCCAGAGGCUGCUGGAGGACGAGGCUGCCCCUGGAGGCUGCGCAGGAGACAGCGUCUGUCCCACACUCAAACACUGCAGCAAACUCUUCAUCUACCUGUACAAGAUGGCCACCGACUCGUUUGACAGACAAGGCUACUACGGUACGUCGGGUCCUCCCGCCCCAGUCAAAGCCCUGACAGACCUGAAGCUCCACUUAGCCAACACCUCCCACCCCGCCUCCUCCUCGUCCUCGUCUGACAUGGUGGUCAUCCACCCAGGGGCCGUCCUGGCCAUCCUUGACCUGCUGCCCUCCGUCUGCUCCGACAGUCAGCCAGAGCAUGCCCUGGACCUGCAGCUGGCAGUGGCCAACAUCCUCCAGCUCCUGGUGAACAGCGAGAGGAACCAGCAGGUGCUGUGUGAAGCUUGCCUCCACCAGCGGCUGUUGCAGCGCUGCAGCCAGGCCCUGGGCGAUGAGGACCACCCGCUGCACCCUCCGCUGCAGAGGAUGUUUGAGAGGCUGGCUUCGCAAGCCUUGCAGCCGAUGGCACUCCGGGAGUUCUUGCGUCUUGGAAACCCUCUGAACUGCGGCGCCUGGGACAAGAAGCUACUGAAGCAGUACCGGGUUCACAAACCCAGCUCUCUCAGCUACGACGCCGAGAUGAGAAACAGUAUGACCAUGUCCAUGGAGGGCUUCGGUCCUGACAGUGUCUUCGCCACGCCAGCGGAAGACAACGGCCAGUAUCGCAUCAGCCGCAGCCUCGUGCGCUCCGCUGAGGGCAGCACCGUACCCCUCACCAGAGUCAAGUGCCUGGUGUCCAUGACAACGCCCCAUGACAUACGCCUGCACGGAUCAGCCGUCACGCCUUCAUUUGUGGAGUUCGACACCUCGCUGGAGGGCUUUGGGUGCCUGUUUCUGCCCAGCCUGGCUCCACACAACGCUCCCACCAACAACACCAACGCCUCGGGUGUCAGCGACGGAGCAGUGCUGAGCGGGAUGGGUACAGGGGAGCGCUUGUUCCCUCCUCCGUCAGGCCUGAGCUACUCCACCUGGUUCUGCGUCGAGCGUUUCAGCGCGGCUCCGCAGGCCCACCCGGUGCGGCUGCUGACCGUCGUCCGUCGGGCCACGUCCUCAGAGCAACACUACGUCUGCCUGGCGGUGGUGCUGUCCGCCAAAGAUCGCUCGCUCACCGUCUCCACCAAGGAGGAGCUGCUGCAGACCUACUCGGAUGAGUCGAGUGAAGAAGCCUCCUUCUAUGAGAUCCUUCCCUGCUGUGCUCGUUUCCGCUGCGGCGAGCUGAUCGCCGAGGGCCAGUGGCACCACCUGGUGCUGGUCAUGAGCAAAGGCAUGCUGAAGAACAGCAUGGCCACGCUGUACAUCGAUGGCCAGCUCAUCAGCACUGUCAAGCUCCACUACGUCCACAGUGCACCCGGUGGCUCCGGCUCCACCAACCCCCCUGUGCUGAGCACUGUGUACGGGUAUGUGGGGACGCCGCCUGCACAGCGCCAGCUCUCCAGCCUGGUGUGGCGCCUGGGGCCCAGCCACUUCCUGGAGGAGGUCCUGCCCGCCACCAGCGUCGCCGCCAUCUACGAACUGGGACCCAACUACGUGGGCAGCUUCCAGGCCGUCUACCUGCCUUGUAAAGACUCGAAGACAGAGGGAGCACCUGCCUCCCCAGUGGCGUUGGUACCAGAGGAGAAGGUGUCCUUCAGUCUCUAUGCGCUCUCUGUCACUACUCUCUCUGUGGCUAAGAUCAGGAAAGUCUACAACAAACUGGACAGCAAAGCUAUCGCCAAACAGCUGACUGUGUCCUCUCAUGAAAACGCCACUCCGGUCAAGCUGAUUCAUAAUGCUGCCGGCCACCUCAAUGGGCCAGCGCGUACCAUUGGAGCCGCUGUCAUCGGAUAUUUAGGCGUCCGUGUUUUUGUGCCCAAACCCGUGGCCACCAACCUGCAGUAUGUGGGUGGGGCAGCGGCCAUCUUGGGCCUGGUUGCCAUGGCGUCCGAUGUGGAGGGGCUGUAUGCUGCUGUCAAAGCUUUGGUGUGUGUUGUAAAAAGCAACCCUUUGGCCAGUAAGGAGAUGGAGCGCAUCAAAGGCUACCAGCUGCUGGCUAUGCUGCUGAAGAAGAAGCGCUCGCUGCUCAACAGCCACAUCCUCCACCUCACCUUCUCUCUGGUGGGAACAGUUGACAGUGGCCACGAGACCUCCAUCAUUCCCAACUCCACCGCCUUCCAGGACUUGCUCUGUGACUUUGAGGUCUGGCUCCACGCUCCCUACGAGCUCCAUCUGUCUCUGUUUGAGCAUUUCAUCGAACUGCUGACAGAAUCCAGUGAGGCGGCUAAAAAUGCCAAACUGCUGAGGGAGUUCCAGCUGAUCCCCAGACUGCUGCUGACCCUGAGAGACACCUCGCUGUCCCAGCCAACCGUAGCUGCCAUCAGCAAUGUGCUCAGUCUGCUGCUGCAGGGCUUCCCCAACCCAUAUGAUCUGCUGAGGUUUGGCCAGUUCAUCUCCUCGACUCUUCCCACAUUCGCCGUGUGUGAGAAGUUUGUCGUCAUGGAAAUCAAUAAUGAGGAGAAGAUCGAUGGAGUUAAUGACGAUGAUUUUGGCGGUCUCCUGUCAGCCAACCUCAUUCUGCUGAGAAACCGACUGCUGGACAACCUGCUCAGACUGCUCUUCACCACCAAAGAGAAGUGGACAGUCAAUGCCCAGGCGUGUGAGGAGCUAGUGCGGACGCUGGGCUUUGAUUGGCUCUUGAUGUUCAUGGAGGAACACCUUCACUCGAGCACGGUCACGGCAGCUCUGUGGAUCCUGGUGGUGCUGCUCUCCAACCAAUCCAUCCUUAACCGCUUCAAAGAGGGCCUUUGCGGAGGAGGCUGGCUGGACCACACCGACUCUGUCCUGACCAAUAAGAUCGGCACAGUGCUGGGCUUCAACGUGGGCCGCAGUGCUGGUGGGCGCUCAACGGUGCGAGAGAUCAACCGGGACGCUUGCCACUUCCCAGGAUUGCCUGUGCUGCAGACCCUGCUGCCCAAACACACCAACGUGCCGGAGCUCUACUUCCUGCUCAUGGCGCUGUUCCUGCAGCAGCCCGUCACCGAGCUGCCAGACAGCCUGCAGGUACAUGUUAGUAUACCCAACCUUCUUUCUUCUUCUACUAAUACUAAUGGAUCUGCUCAGUUUAUUAUCGCGCAACGUGAUAUUGCGAUAACGAUGUUGAGUCGAUAUAUUGUGCACCCCUACUGUAUAUUACCCCAAUGUGUGUGUGUGUGUUUGUCCUCUCAGUUUGACCUGGACUCCCUCUGGACGUUCAUCUUUGGCAUACCAGCGUCCAGUGGGACAGUAGUGGCCUCCAUCCACAAUGUUUACACGGAGGCGGCCUUCUUGCUGCUGGCCAUGCUGCGCAGCAUGCUCAACCUGCCGUGGCAGUCAGAGGAGGAAGGCUCCUGGCUGAGGGAGUACCCGGUCACCCUCAUGCAGUUCUUUAGGUAUCUUUACCACAACGUGCCCGACCUGGCACCGAUGUGGCACAGUGCAGAGUUCCUCUGUGCCCUGGCAGCAUCUGUCUUCCCUUUCAACAUCAGGCCCUACUCUGAGAUGGUCAGUGAUCUGGACGACGAGGCGGGGUCUCCCACCGAGGAGUUUAAGGGCUUCACUGGGGACUCGGGUAUGAACCGCAGCCAGUCUGAAUACUGUAACGUGGGCUCCAAGACGUCCCUGACCAACCACCCGGCCAAAAAGUACGUCUUUGACUUCAUGAGGGUCCUGAUCAUGGACAACCUCUGUAUGACCCCGGCCAGCAAGCAGACACCCAUCAUUGACCUGCUGCUGGAGGCCUCCCCGGACCGCUCCACUAGAACUCAGCAGAAGGAGUUUCAGUCCAACAUCCUGGACGGCGUCAUGGAGCAUCUUCUGGCCGCUGAUGUCCUUCUAGGUGAAGAUGCCUCUCUGCCCCUCAGCAGUGGAGGCAGUUACCAGAUUCUGGUCAACAACGUCUUCUACUUCAGCCAGCGGGUGGUGGACAAGCUGUGGCAGGGCAUGUUCAACAAGGACUCCAAGCUGGUGGUGGACUUCAUCGUGCAGCUCAUAGGACAGUCUAAGAGGCGUUCCCAGGGCCUUUCCCUCGACACCAUCUACCACUGUCUGAACCGGACGGUGCUCUACCAGCUCUGUCGACCCCACAAGACGGUGGCCCAGCAGGUGGCCCUACUGGACGCCCUGCGGGUCCUGACCGUCAACCGCAACCUGGUGCUCGGGCCGGGCAACCACGACCAGGACUUUGUGGCCUGCCUGGCUCACUGCUUUAUCUGCCUGCACAGUGGGAGCAGCGUGGAGGGCUUCGGUCUGGAGGCGGAGGCCAGGAUGACAACCUGGCAUGUCAUGAUGCCCACGGAGAACGAGGCUGACGCUACGCACAGCCAUGACGUCAGCGAGGGGCGGCAGCUGCUGCUGAAGGCGGUGAACCGGGUGUGGACGGAGCUGAUGCACAGCAAGCGCCAGAUGCUUGAGGACAUUUUCAAAGUGUCUCUUCCCUGCAACGACAGAGGCCACGUGGACAUCGCCACGGCCCGGCCCGCCCUGGAGGAGCCGGCCCUGAAGAGCUGGCAGAACCACCUGGUCCAUGAGAAGAAGUGUAUCAGUCGUGGUGAGGCGGUGGCGCCGGCAACCCAGUCCAAACUUUCCAGAGUCAGCAGCGGCUUUGGCCUCUCCAAGCUGACUGGCGUCCGCCGCAACAAGAGGGACAACAGCCUGAACAAGAACAGCCUUUCGGCACAGGAGACUUUCCAGUGGAUGUUCACACACAUCGCUGUUGUCCGAGACUUGGUGGCCAUGCAGUAUAAAGAAUAUCAAGAGCGGCAGCAGAACGCCCUCAAGUACGUGACAGAGGAGUGGGCGUCCAUCGAAUACGAGCUGCUCCGUGAACGGGGGCUCUGGGGCCCGCCCAUCGGCUCCCACCUGGAUAAGUUUGUGCUGGAGAUGACGGAGGGUCCCUGCCGGAUGAGGAAGAAGAUGGUCCGCAAUGACUUGUUCUACAUCCACUACCCAUACAUCCCUGAGAUGGAGCCAAACACCAACUCAGCACAGAAGCCUCUCCGUUACCGGAGAGCCAUCAGCUACGACAGUAAGGAGUACUUUGUGCGUUUGCUGUCUGGAAACCCUGGCAUGUACCAGCACUCCGUGGAGCACAGCACAGAGGGAGAGACCACGCAGCAUGAGCCCGAGCACGGAGAGGACACCAUCGCAAGAGUCAAAGGCCUGGUGAAGGCUCCUCUGAAGAGGUCUCGGUCCACAGCGGACGGGGCAGACGAGGACAGUCAGGAGCAGCUUCAGGAGCAGCUGUUAGAGUCAGGAGGCCCAGAGGAGGAGCAGAGGACCGACAACACGUCCCUGCUGCGCCUCCUGGAGGAGGGAGAGAAGAUUCAGCACAUGUACCGCUGCGCCAGGGUUCAGGGUCUGGACACCAGCGAGGGUCUGCUGCUGUUUGGGAAAGAGCACUUCUACGUCAUCGACGGCUACACCAUGACCGUGUCCAGGGAGAUCAGGGACAUCGACACGCUGCCCGCCAAUUUGCAUGAGGCCAUCAUCCCCAGAGGAGCGAGACAGGGACAGAGUCUACUGAAGAGAACCUGCAGCAUCUUCGCCUACGAGGACAUCAAGGAAGUGCACAAGAGACGCUACCUGCUGCAGCCUAUGGCAGUAGAAGUCUUCUCAGCAGAUGGGAGAAACUACUUGUUAGCCUUCCAGAAAGGAGUCCGCAACAAAGUUUACCAAAGGUUCUUGGCAGUGGUGCCUUCACUGGCCGACAGCUCAGAGUCGGUUUCAGGCCAGAGGCCCAACACCAGCGUCGAACAAGGAUCUGGGCUCCUCAGCACACUGGUCGGUGAAAAGUCCGUGACUCAGAGAUGGGAGCGAGGAGAGAUCAGUAAUUUCCAGUACCUGAUGCAUCUGAACACGUUGGCAGGACGAUCCUACAACGACCUGAUGCAGUAUCCCGUCUUCCCCUGGAUCCUUGCCGACUUCGACUCAGAGGAACUGGACCUGAACAACCCCAAGACGUUCCGUAACCUCGCCAAGCCAAUGGGCGCCCAGACUGACGACAGACUGACGCAGUACAAGAAGAGGUACAAGGACUGGGAAGACCCCAAUGGUGAAACCCCAGCAUACCACUACGGCACGCACUACUCAUCAGCCAUGAUCGUAGCCUCUUAUCUUGUUCGGAUGGAGCCCUUCACACAGAUCUUCCUCAGACUUCAGGGAGGUCAUUUUGACCUGGCUGACAGGAUGUUCCACAGCGUGCGUGAAGCCUGGCUCUCGGCCUCCAAACACAACAUGGCCGACGUCAAAGAGCUCAUCCCCGAGUUCUUCUAUCUGCCCGAGUUCUUGCUCAACGCUAACAACUUUGACCUGGGCGCCAAACAGAACGGCACCAAGCUGGGUGACGUCAUCCUGCCGCCUUGGGCCAAGGGCGACCCCCGAGAGUUCAUCAGAGUCCACAGAGAUGCGUUGGAGUGCGACUAUGUAUCGGCCCACCUCCAUGAAUGGAUCGACCUGAUUUUCGGCUACAAGCAGCAGGGUCCUCCGGCCGUGGAGGCGGUUAACGUCUUCCACCACCUGUUCUACGAGGGUCAGGUGGACAUCUACAACAUCAACGACCCGCUCAAAGAGACGGCCACCAUCGGCUUCAUCAACAACUUUGGGCAAAUCCCCAAACAGCUGUUUAAAAAGCCCCAUCCUCCUAAACGGGUACGCAGCAAAGCCAACGGUGACAUUGCGAGCAUUCCUCCAAAUUUCAACAGCGACAAGAUCUUCUUCCAUCAUCUGGACAAUCUCAGACCUUCUCUAGCACCUGUCAAAGAGCUGAAGGAGCCUGUGGGACAGAUCGUGUGCACCGACAAGGGGAUACUUGCCGUGGAGCAAAACAAAGUUCUGGUUCCUCCGACCUGGAGCAAGACCUUCGCCUGGGGCUAUGCCGACCUCAGCUGUCGUCUGGCUAACUAUGAAUCUGAUAAGGCGUUGGUGGUGUACGAGUGCCUGUCAGAGUGGGGUCAGGUCCUCUGUGCCAUAUGUCCAAACCUGAAGCUGGUUAUCACCGGUGGCACCAGCACCGCCAUCUGUGUGUGGGAGACAGGAGCCUCCAAGGAGAGAGCCAAGUCACUUACACUCAAACAGGCAUUACUGGGCCACACGGACGCCGUAACGUGUCUGACAGCGUCGUCAGCGUACCACAUUAUUGUCAGUGGCUCGCGGGAUCGAACCUGCAUCAUCUGGGACCUUAACAAGCUUUCCUUCGUCACGCAGCUCAGGGGACACCGGGCGCCCGUCUCUGCUCUGUGUAUCAAUGAACUGACGGGGGACAUUGUGUCCUGCGCAGGCACAUACAUUCACGUGUGGAGCAUUAACGGCAGCCCCAUCGCCAGCGCCAACACCUUCACAGGGCGCAGCCAGCAGAUCCUGUGCUGCUGCGUCUCGGAGAUGAACGAGUGGGACACGCAGAACGUCAUCGUUACAGGACACUCGGAUGGCGUUGUCAGGUUUUGGAGAAUGGAGUUCCUCCAAGUCCCAGAAACCCCUGCUCCAGAGCCGGUAGAGCCAGAUGUGCCUGACUGCUGUGGUGAGGAGAAAAUCGAGGGUGGCGAGACUCACAACGGCGACGAGGACAGCAGCGAGUCGGACGGAGACGAGCCCAGUCUGAGCCAGGAGCCCAAAGCGCCACGCAACCCCUCGACAGGUGGAGGCAGCCAACCGGGCAGCGCCGUCCACAAACCCAGAGGUCCUUCAGCCCGAACGGGAGCUUCGUGGUCGAUGGACAGCAGCUCUGACGACUCUCACCGCUGGUCAGACACCCUUAGCAUCGACGAGAAGGACGGCUUUGUGUUCGUCAACUACUCUGAGGGCCAAACUAGGGUCCCCCACCCUCACCCUCAUCAUCACCCUCACCCGACUCAUCCAGGCCAGGGCUCAGUGCCACAGCCCUCCACCAUGGACGCACGGACGUAUAACCAGCUCAGGGCCGGCUACAGAUGGGAGCGCCAGCUGGUCUUCCGGAGCAAACUCACCAUGCACACAGCGUUUGAUCGCAAGGACAACGCUCAACCAGCAGAGAUCACGUCCCUCGCCAUCUCCAAGGACCACAGUAAGAUCCUGGUGGGCGACGCUCGCGGCCGAGUCUUCAGCUGGUCAGUGAGCGACCAGCCGGGCCGCUCGGCGGCCGACCACUGGGUGAAGGACGAGGUGGUUGACAGCUGCUCCGGCUGCACGGUGCGCUUCUCCCUCACCGAGCGACGCCACCACUGCAGGAACUGCGGGCAGCUCUUCUGCCAAAAGUGCAGUCGCUUCCAAUCAGAGAUCAAAAGGCUGAAGAUCUCGUCACCGGUGCGAGUUUGUCAGAACUGUUACUACAACCUUCAACAUGAGCGAAGCGCCGAGGACGGCUGCAGAAACUGAGCUCCACCUCCACCCGGAAGAAAGCCCCAUCCUGCUGCGGACUCGGAAAGUGAGGAGCAUUUCAUUCCUCCAACUGCCUUGUCGUUCCCUCAACGCCGCUCACGUAUCCCAUAACGCUCUCCCUCCAACCCCCCUUCUGUCCUAUAUCUCGUACGUCCAGUAACCAACAUGUACUGUAACACUGACAGCUUGUAACAGGAGGGAAAGUCGGCUGUCUCAGCGAACGAGGUGGGGAAAAAACAAUGAAAACAGAUUGAAAGGAAAUGAAAAAAAAAAAUGGAAAAAAAAACUCAAUCACCACUUUUACCACCUGCACUCACCUGGAGGAAGAAAAAAGAAGAAAAAAAAAACUUAAUUCGGCACGCCCGAAUCAAUAACUCGCCAUUUUUGCUUUGAAACAGGGAAAUCUCCUUCCUCUUUCACCGUAAGACAUAACAAACUUGUUAAUAUUGUAAAUACGUAUCAUGGCCUUUUUAACUGUAAGAGGAACAAACAGAACAAAAGAUAAGGUCAAUGAGAAAAAAAAAACAUUUUGCCUGUAACAUAGCGUUGUGACUAACCACUCCUGGCUUUAAAAAAAAAAAGAAAAGAAAUUGAUUGUGUGUAGUCUGCGUCACGAGUCACGGCGAGUCCAGAGGAAGGGAUAUGAAUGUCAAUAAUUAAUGUCUGUGGGUUGACUUUACUAGUGAGUCUAGUUAUGCAAAAUUACUUAGUUUUAAUUUCCUGAUCAUUUUUUGUAGUUGUUGUUUACAAAGUUUAUUUUCUACGUGUUGCCCACAGUGUCAAGCCAUCACCAUCAUAGAGACAUUUUGUGUCCCUUUUUUCUUUUGCCAAAUUGUUUUGAUGUAUCAAUUAUGAUGAUUUGUUUUUUGUUUUUUUCUUUAUAAUCGGUCCUUUAUAUGAAUUCCCAUUUGGAGAAUUGUUGUUGCUGCUGUCUAAAGACUGGAGACAUCAUUUCAGAUUUUACUUUGAUUUUAUUUUUAAACCACAACUCACUUCAUUUCAAGAUGUUUUGUCUAGGGAGAGAAAACAUCAUGGGUUCAUCUGUGAAAAAAGACAAAUUAGUUGCGUAAUAUUGCUACACAUUAACUUUCCCUUAUGUCUCUUUCAUGUAGCCUUAUUUAGUUACUGUACAGCGUGAAAGUGGCUUUUUGAAUGCACACAAAAAAGGGAUUUGUAGUGUGUAUUGUGGUUUUUAUUUUUUUGUUGGUUUCUAUUCAGAUAUGUGGUUUGCAGUCCUUCACUCUGACCCUGUGGCAUUAUUACGGCAGAUUAGAAAAUGUGGCACUCAACACACUUUAUCCUCAGUCCUCGCAAAAGAUGUUAAACCGCAGGAGCAGCAGCCGAGCACCUUGUAAAGAGUCUGUGCAGUAAAGAAUGAAAUUAUUAUAAGCAUUGGAAAAUAUGUAAAUAAUCAUUUGAAUUAAUUUAGUUUAGUUGUCCUGAGAUCAGUUGGCUCAAGAUGUAUUUAGUUGAUUGAAGGUUUUGAGAAGGUCUGAGGAAUCUGUGAAGUUUAAUUUGUGCCAAAAAUCAGAUUUUUGUAUAUUCGUCAAUGUUCACGGUUCCCACUUGUUAGGCUUUUGUUGAGUUUGCCUGGGUACUAUAACUGCUGAUGUGUCACUGUCCAUUUUGGAGUCCUCCCAUAAAUUCAUAUAACAGACAAAAACAAAACAUGGGCACAAGAAGAAAAAAAAAACGAGGACAGAAUUAAAGAAAAUGACAUGACUAGACGUCUAGUCGUCAUUAUUUAGUCAGAAAAACAGACAAAUAACUUAAAGCAACACAAAUCAUGAUGGACACACUGCAGGGAUAAUAACGACCAAACAAAUACACAGCAAUGGCUUUUUUGUUGCUACAACAUUAAGCAACGACAGUAGUUAAGCACACGUGUAAAAACAGACAUAGCUAACAUUUGUAUGUGAUCACAGCAUGUUUAAAAUUAUUGUCAAUGAGACUUUUUAGUAACAGCAAGGAGAUAUGUAAAUUCAACAGAACGAUAUGCAGUAACUGUAUACAACAAAACAUUUUUGGCACGGAUUGACCCCCAUACAGGCUUCCAUAUUGACACAUUAAUAGCAGGGGGUUCAUAUGUUUACAACCGUUUAGCAAUUUUACAAGUUCAUAAUUUAUCCCCAUUUCCUCUGCUGGAUGGCUGCUGCUGCUGCUGCUGGGUUUAAUAGUUGAACAUUAAAAAAGUGUUUUUGUUUUUAUGUAAAGUCUGUACAUGUGUUCUUCUGCCCUCUUCUCUCUUCAUACAUGUGUUAAAGUUGUUUUUUCUGUGGGCAAUAACUGCAUUCAAGUGCUGCUUUCUUUUUUUCCCCCAGAGAGAACGGUUUUCUUUUUGUUUCUCACUCGUCUUCACUGAGUCUCAAACGUGUCAAAAAACGAAAAAAUCCGUUAAUAUUCGCCCCUACAGCUCCCGUGAUGUUAUAAUAAUAAUAUGCACUCUUGUUAUUGAUCAUUCUGCAUUUAUGUACUGUAAUUUAGUGUGCAAUCAUGCCAUCUAGCUGAAAAGUCGGCUUCUAUCAAUCAAGAGUUCCUUUGCACCUUCACAUGUACUAAAAGAAAAGUCAAAAGGAAUCACAGGUUUUUAUUGAAUGCCGUUUUAUGUUUUUAUUUUAACAAAGAUACAUUUCACAGCGGAUAAAUGAACUGUACAAAGUAUUUAUGCAAUUAUAACUGGUUUUAGAUUUUUUUUUUUAUGAUUAUUUGGAUUUCAGCAAGUUUUGUUACUUGUUGCAUGUCUAUUAACACAGCUGACUUUCUGUGUCAGUGCAUUGUACAUGUUUUAAGCAUUAUAUUUUGUUGGUUUUAUUCUUUUUUUUUUUUUUGCUGGAUACAUUCUUAUGAGUUGUCCCUAAUGACCGACUGACAGGUUUGUAUACAGAGCUGGAGAUCAUGUCCCCAACUCUGGGUGGACUUUUGUACUCUUUGAGAAAAUUAAGGACUAAUGAGAGAAGAAGAAGGGAAAAAAAAGAGAAAAUCUUGGAUUAUUUUGGUGGUCUUAUAUUAGACUGCAUUACUACAGUAUCUGGCGUGCAAUCCGUGAUAGCUGAAUGUUUCUUGUAUAUUUGUGUUCACUACAUCCUACAAGAGAAAAAAACCCGUAGAGUA